AUGGAUACAUAUCUUGUUGGCCUCCAGGACAGCCUAGACCGGAGGUUCCAACACCUGGAGAUUCUGGGGACCUUCAGUGUGUUGGGACCUCAAGCUGUGUUCUCAAGUGAGAGGAGAAACACCUUUAACCGGACCCUCCUCUCCAGGCAGUUCUUGCAAGAGUCAAAGGCUGCUGUGCUGCAAGAGUGGCCAUCUUACAAGCAACAUGUGCUAGUUGGAGCAUUCAAGGGUGUGAAGGGAAUCAAGCGCUCUGAAACCAGUGAUGCUGUACAACUGACUGUGUCUUCUCUGCCCAGAGCCUCAGUGAGUGUCUCUCCUCAGGGUCCCCUCUACUAUGGAGAUACAGUCAGUCUGCAGUGUGACAUACCAGACUACACAGACUGGAUGUACUACUGGUACAUAAACAACCAACCAGGUUACAGUACACAUGGUAAAACCCUCACCAUCUCUGUCCCUGACCAAGCUGGUCAGGGGAAAAGGACAAUGCGGCCCCAGUGGUCAAAUCCCAGCUCGUCUCUCUCCAUCAUCGUCACUGCUCUGCCUGAACCUACACUGACUGUAGAGCCAAACCCUGUGUUCCCUGGAGAGACAGUUACUCUGACGUGUUCAGUAGAGUCUGACAGUAUCUGGAACUAUCAGUGGUACAAAGACAGGAAUGAUAAUGUAGUAUCCCAGUCUGUCAGACACACUAUAACAGGAGACACCCUCACCAUCAGUAGAGCUGCUGAGUCUGACCAGGGUCUCUACUGGUGUCAGGGAGAGAGAAGAUCCAGACCCACAUCUUCACAACCAAGUAAUGUUAUUACCCUCACUGUGACUGCUCUGCCUGUGGCCUCAGUGAGUAUCUCUCCUCAGGGUCUCCUCUACUCUGGAGAGACAGUCAGCAUGCAGUGUGACAUAUCAAUGUACACAGACUGGACGUACAGCUGGUUUAUAGGCAACAACCUCAAUUCCAGUACGCCUGGUCAAACCAUCACCACUCUGUCUAACCAGGCUGAUUAUCAGCCGUCGACUACACUGACUUCAGACAAAGAGGACGUAUUCACAGGAGACAGUGUGACACUGAGCUGUACUGUAGAGUCUUCUGGAUGGAAGUUUUACUGGUACAGACACAGACCAGACUCUGCACCAGUAAUCACAACCUCUGGAUACUCCUACACACUCAGCUGGGUCAGUGUCUCUGAUGGAGGACAGUACUGGUGCAGAGCUGGGAGAGGAGACCCAGUCUACUACACCCUGUACAGUGACCCAGUCCAGAUACAUGUUACUGAGAGACCUGUUGCUGUUCUGACCCUUCAACCCAACUGGACCCAGAUAUUCAGUGGAGAGACUGUCACUAUGAGAUGUGACAUACAGGGAGGAGGAGACCCUGACUGGAACUACAGAUGGUAUAAGAAUAGUCAGUUAGUGAUCCCCUUUAACACAAAGCCUGAGUACAGAAUCAGUCCUGUCUACAGGUCUAACAGUGAUUCAUAUACCUGUGAGGGUGUAAAGGGAAACAAGCUCUCCAAUACCAGUGAUGCUGUACAGCUGACUGUGUCUGAUCUGCAGCCUCUCAGAAUAAGUCCCAACACAACUCAACACUUUAGAUCAAAGUCUCUCUCACUGAGCUGUGAGGAGAAGGGGAACUCUACUGGAUGGAGACCUAUGAGAUACACAGAGAGAGGAGUAGAGUCAUGGUGUGUCUCUAUCUGGGGAUCAAUAACAGGGUCCACAUGUACCAUCAGGUCAACAUACACAUGGUUCAGUGGAGUGUUCUGGUGUGAGUCUGGAUCAGGAGAGUACAGUAAUGCUGUCAACAUCACAGUGGAUGAUGGUGAUGUGAUCCUGGAGAGCCCUGUCCAUCCCCUGACUGAUGGAGACUCUGUGACUCUGACCUGCAAAUACUGGACAACCAGCUCAAACAUCAAGGCUGAUUUCUACAAAGAUGGAGUACUCAUCAAGAAUGAGACCACAGGAGAGAUGACCAUCCCUGCAGUAUCCAAGUCAGAUGAAGGAUUCUACAAAUGCAAAUCCCCUGACAAGGGAGAAUCACCAGAGAGCUGGAUGACAGUGAGAGUCGUAUCUCCUGGAUCCUCUACAUCAGUCCUAGUAGGAGUGGUUGUGGGUCUGGUUGUUGCUGGUGUUCUACUGGUCAUUCUCCUGGUCCUGCUGUGGAGAUUUAAAAACACCAAAGGUUCCUGUUUUAACAGAAUAUUCUUGCACCCCCAGCCCCAGAGCACCAACCAGGACCCCCAACAGGACCAAGGAUCUACACAGGGCCAGGCUCCUGAUGCUGGGCAUACACUUCUGCAGCAUGGUGGUGCUCACAUCUACGACACGAUCAAUCCCUCAGACAACAAUGUUAAUGAUGCUGCUGCAGGACCAAGUCAUGUGACAUACGCCCAGAUUCAACUCAAAAAGUUGGACAAGAAAAAGAAAGAAAAGCCAGCUGAUCCAAAAGAAAGUCCAGUCAACUCUGAGGUGCAGACAGGGAAAGUCACAGCAGCUGGACCUGUUGAUGUGACCUAUGCUGAGGUUGACCUCCAAAAGAAGACCAAAGCCAAGAAGAAGAGAGAAACAACAACCCCACCAGAGGCAGAUUCAGUCUAUUCUCAACUGAAGCCAGACACAACCCCAGGUCCUUGAGGGAGAUGGAGGGACACACCAUCAGAGGAGAAGCAGGAUCAAUCUGGGAACAUGGGUUAUGCAUGCUCAACGCACGCAAGCACACACACAUGCAGGCAUGCUCACACACACACACAAAUAAAAACGCGCACGUACACACACACAUGCCCACGAACACACAAAUACAGAAAAAACACAUUCAUUUUUACAAGUGAACAUGUGCAGUAUUCCAAAAGCACUUGUGAUCUUAUGUUAGGAUAAUGUGAUCACAUGUGAUCUUAUGUUAAGUUAAUGUGAUAACGUGAUCUUAUGUGAAGUUAGUGUGAUAACAUGUGACAACAUAUGAAGCAACAUGUGAUGACAGAAACUGCACAUGUGAAAACGUGAUUUCACUUUACAUUCUCAUGUGUUUUUUCUGUGAGGGACACACACACACACACAAUAACACCUUGUACAUUAAGGAUUUGUAUGUUAUUUUAAUUUACCAGAUAAAUACAACCAAUAUAUUACAUUUAACCGUGUGUAUUACUGUAAAAGCUUAAAUAAAUGAUAUGGUGUAAUGAUGAUAGAUCUUAUAAACAGCUACAGUAAUUCUAUCUGCUUUGUAUUGUGUAUUACUGUAACAGCUUAAAUAAAUGAUAUGGUGUAAUGAUGAUAGAUCUUAUAAACAGCUACAGUAAUUCUAUCUGCUUUGUAUUGUGUAUUGAAUUGUUGGGUUGUAAAUGUACUGAAAUGUAUUAUCAUUGAUUCAUUAUUUCUGUCAUUCAGAUGAUAGAAUAACAUAUUUUCUAUAUGAAUGUCACAUAUACAUGUUCGCUUCUAAUGAUCUGUACUUUUACAAUAUCUUUGCAU